AUGGCACGCCAGGCUGCAGUCCUCUUCGUCGUCUUCAUGGCUGUGAUUGGCCUUGCCUGUGCCGCCAGCUACGAUGACACCAUUGCUCCCGUCUCACCCGGUGCUGCAUCCGAGGCACCGGACUCCGCCAUUGGUGCCAUCGAUGAGGGCAGCUCUCCCUCUGGCAACGUCAACAGUGCCGAGGCAGCCCCCAUUGGUGGGCCUGUCCCCGCCGGAGCCUUCCCCCCUACAGCACCCGCUUCAUCUCCCAGCAGCAACGGCGCCACCGCUCUCAAGGUCUCUGCUGUUGCUGCAGUCGUCACGGCCGCGGGAUACUUCUUCUAA